UCCGUUUUGCUUUCAGGGACACUUUAACUAGCUAUUUUGGUGGUGAAACUGGUUAAUGCUCAAUAUAUCCUCAAUAGGAAGGUAUGUAUACGCAGUAUAUCGCAGACAAUAGGCUUUUGUGGCCUCUGUUUUUACCGCGCGCUCUAUUUAGCAUGGACAACCCAAACAUUCCCACGUGACGCUACAACUAUUAGCUCACGAGCACGCGCUGCUGCAGGACAGAGUAAAAAAAGGACAACACACAGCAGCGGAGAGUGAGACGUGAGGAGCGCGCGCCUCUCUCUCUCUGCGUACUUCUGCUCGCGGAUAUGCUUCUGUUUCUUCUUCUUCUUCUUCCACUGUGGAAAUGUUUUCAUGAGGAUUUAAACAGGUUUCGGACGGGCGCGCGCCUUGCGUGUUUGAUUUGAUUAAAAAAAAAAAAAACAACAACAACAAAACAAAGGUUCGCUGAAGAAAGUUUGGACUCGUGGACUUUGGGGCAGCCAUGCCGGAGAAAGUGAGCAUCUCAGACUUCGUGUCGCUGGCGAAUGAGGACAUAACGUCGCCGUCCACGUCGUGUUUUCAGGCUAAAAUGAGCGACUGCCGGAGCACAGUGACGGGCCUGGAGGAGACUCUGGAGCAGGACCAGAGCUCUCUGCAGAGGAUGAAGAAGAUGGUGAAGGGCAUCCACAGCUCUGGCCUCAGUCAUGUGGAGUAUAAUGAGCAAUACAUCGAGAUUUUGGAGAACCUGGGAAACAGUCAUCUAUCUCAGGACAAUAACGAGAUCUCCACAGGGUUCCUUAACCUGGCAGUGUUCACACGGGAGGUCACGGUGCUCCUCAAAACACUGGUGCAGAAUCUGAACAGCAUCCUCUCCUUUCCUCUGGAGAACAUCUUGAAAAGCGAACUGAGAGACAGCAGAUUGGAUCUGAAGAAACAGAUGGAGAGAGGUUGGAAGGAUUAUGACGUUAAAAUGGGGAAGUUGGAGAGGGAGAGGCAAAAGCAGUACGGUCUGAUACGACUGGACUCAGACAUAGUGGAGGACAUGGAGAGAGAGAGGAGGACUUUCCAGCUGCAGAUGUGCGAGUAUUUGCUGAAGGUUCAGGAGAUGAAGAUACGACAGGGUCCUGAUCUGCUCCAGAGCCUUAUCAAGUAUUUCCAAGCCCAGCUCAAUUUUUUCCAGGAUGGACUGAAAGCUGCUGAAAAUCUCAGUCCUUUUGUGGAAAAGCUAGCAGCCUCUGUUCACACGGUUCGUCAGGACGAGGAUGAGCAGGUGAAGCAGCUCUCUCAGCUCCGUGACUGUCUCAGGAGUCAGUUACAAGUGGAGGGUAAAGAGGAUUAUCUGAACAGAAAGAAUUCCGGUCACGGCUACAGCAUCCACCAGCCACAGGGAAACAAGAAAUACGGCACAGAGAAAUCAGGCUUCCUGCUUAAGAAGAGCGAUGGAAUCAGGAAAGUGUGGCAGAAGAGGAAAUGUGGAGUCAAAUAUGGCUGUCUGACCAUCUCUCACAGCACGAUUAACAGACCUCCAGCCAAACUCAACCUCCUCACGUGUCAGGUUCGGCCCAACCCUGAAGAGAAGAGGAAUUUUGACCUUGUGACUCAUAAUCGCACGUAUCAUUUCCAAGCAGAGGAUGAACAAGAAUGUAUGAUCUGGGUGUCUGUACUCCAGAACAGUAAAGAGGCAGCUCUGAACACGGCUCUGGGAGGAGAUCAGCUGCAGUAUCCGGGCAGCGGCCUGCAGGAUCUGGCGCGUUCUGUAAUUUCAGGUCUGAGAAAUCUUCCAGGGAACGAGGCCUGCUGUGACUGCGGCGCUCCGGAACCCACCUGGCUCUCCUCUAACCUGGGCAUCCUCACCUGUAUCGAAUGUUCAGGAAUCCACCGGGAGCUCGGUGUUCACUACUCACGCAUACAGUCGCUCACUCUCGACAUGCUGAGUACAUCUGAGCUACUGCUUGCAGUGAGCAUCGGUAACAACAAGUUUAAUGACGUCAUGGAGGCCAAUCUUCGCGAUGACUCAGUGAAACCCUUACCGCAGAGUGAUAUGAAUGCGAGGAAGGAGUACAUCACAGCGAAGUACGUGGAGAGGCGCUACGUGUUGCAUAAAGAGCACUCGGAGCCCCUGCGAGUGUACGAUGCUGUGAAGUCGAGAGACCUGACAUCCCUCCUGCAGCUGUACGCCGAGGGAGAAGACCUGAGCAAACCCACAGCUGUACCUGAUCAACAGGAUUUGAAAGAGACGGCUCUCCAUGUGGCUGUGCGUUUGGCUGAGAAGAGCUCUCUGGCCCUGGUUGAUUUUCUCACACAGAACUGUGGCUGUUUGGAGAAGAAGACGUUGGAAGGAAACACAGCUCUUCAUUACUGUGCGAUGUACAAUAAACCAGAAUGUCUAAAACUGCUUCUUAAGGGGAAGGCUAGUCUGCACACAGCAAACGCUGCUGGAGAGACUGCGCUGGACAUCGCCAAGAGACUGCAGCACACACAGUGUGUCGACUUGCUGGAGCUGGCUCACAGUGGUAAAUUUAACUCCCAGAUCCAUGUGGAGUACACAUGGGAGAUGCCACAGGAGUUCCUGUACGACAGCGAAGACGAUCUGGAUGAGAAGGUCAGUCCACCCCGGGGUCUGCGCUCGCCUCUGCCCUCUAAUGGCGGCUUUGGGAAUUGUCCAUGGAGUUGUAACAGCGGCGACCCUGACAGACCGUACCAGAACGUAGACUUUGUUUGCCGCAGCACCUCCUCUGGAGGCCAAACACCUCCUCCCCUUCCUGCUAAAUCCAUUCAGAGAGGUCGUUCCGACCCGCAAAUCAGCACCUCCACCCAGGAGUCUCACCCUGUUUCCCGCCACAGCUCCAGUUCCUGGAGUGGUUCCUAUAGAAACAGCCCCCCUUCACCCCUGACAGAGGUCGCAGGGUCACGGGCUCCCCGCUCGCCUCGCAACGGAGUGCUGAAGAGACAGACGGUGGUCUGGGAGUCACAAAGUUCAUCAGGGACGCAGAGCUCCAUCGGGCCUGUCGUGUCUGAGAAGACAACAUCGUAUCGGCGAACAAAUAGUGGAAGUGGGAAGUGUGCAGCAGGUUCUCCCAGCUCUGGAAGCAGCAUGGAAGAGCUCUACUGCAGUCUGACCACUAACAGCACUGCUAAUGCUAACGCUAAUGCUAAUGCUAAUCUCUCAGUGCCCGUCAUACUGCCACCACCCCGGUCACGCAAGAACGCCAUGAGUUCAGCGAGGCCUCGGCAGAGAAAGGUUCGGGCGUUAGUGGACUGUAUGGGUGUGGGCUCUGACCAGCUGGCCUUCUGUAAAAAUGAUAUUAUUAUAGUGACUGCUGCUGAUGAUCCCCACUGGUGGGUUGGGCAUGUAGAGGGAAAGCCGUCCAAAAGCGGCUCCUUUCCAGUCAACUACGUUAUGAAACUGGGAGAAUGAUUCUUCCAGAAGCUUCCACCAUGCGAGACGAGAGACCACACCCACCGCUUUCACCUGAAAAGUGCUCAUCUGUGUCAGCGUGGAACAGCGUGUGCUGCAGUAAAGUGGGUUUAGGGGGGAAUUAUAGCUACCCAUUGUUCCUCAGACUGUAUACCACAUCAAUCGUGGCACUUUAGAGACAUUAAAUUGCCGUGCGGAGCCGGAGUGUGGCUGGUGUGCGAAGCAGCACUUAGUAAACACAUAUGAAAACUCAUAAAGGUAACAGGAAGCCCUUGGUCUGGAAAGAUGGCAGAUGAUCAUCGAAGCACUAAAGGGAAAAUAAAUGCAGUGCAUUUCCUGACUGUUCAUGCCAAGUCCCCAGGUUUCAUUGUUUAAUGGAUAUUUGCUGUUGAGACGCCGAUGAGUGGCAUCCAGGGGCUGGAUAAUGAAACACAAUCCUCACUGACUGACUUUCAGCCCAGUGAGGGAGAGACAGAGACAGAGAAAUGGAAAGAUGGAGGUAUUGUGUUUCCUGUCUUUAACUGGAUGCUCUACUUGUCUUUCUGCUGAAUCAGCAUUCUCUCACUUUAAGACUUCUCCAGUUUGAUUUAAACUCACAGCUUGGACAGACAACGUUCUGCGUUCACGUGGAGUCAUGUGUUCAACGUGUUUACAAGAAAAUUUCACAUGAACAUCUCCGUGGAUGAGUUCAAGGCUUUAGGGGUCUGCAUUUUCUAGAUCACAAGGUGUGACACAAUGUGGACAUUUUUCAAAAUGGCUAAACCUGGAAGUGUAAUACUGAUCAUACUGAGUCUUUUCUUAAUUACGUACCAACAAGUGAGGAAAACGCUGAUAUUCUAAAUCGUUUUAUGUGUUCAUGGUUAUUCUACCUUUACAUUCAGAUAAAAAAUGUUGUAGCUCCAUGCUAGCUCACUAAAUCAGCACCUCAGUCAUUACCAGCUUAUUUUAUCGUCUAUGUCGUUAUUCCUAGUUGUAAUAUUUCCACAGCUUUAACAAUGAACAUAUCACAAAAUCACAAGUUCAUCAUCAGUUCCAGCGAGCUCUUUAUGCACAGAUUUAGUUAUUCAGAAAGCAAAAUGCAUACAACACAGUCCUUUCCUAAUGUUUACAGUAAUACCAAGCUCAUAAAUCUAAAAGAUGCACUUACAGGAGCCAACAAUCUGUAAAUAGUGACAAGUGUUUAGUUGUUGCUUCAUGGUCCAUCGUUGUAGCGUAAUUUAUUUUUUAAAAUCACAAAACAAUUUCCAACUCACAAGGCACGAUUAUUUUAGAGCACUUUCACACCUAUUCUGUUUGUUAAAUCUGAAUCAGAGCGAAAUUAGUACUUUUUGUUCAUUUACUGUUUGGUUUGGUUUCAUACUGCACAUAAUUAAACAAACCAAAAAGCAAAAAAAAAACUUCUAAACCUCUUUCAUUCAUAUUUAAAUACAGUAACAGGAAGAGUUAAAGGUGAAAUGUGUGUAGCAAUCACAAGAAUCACCCGAGCACAGAGAACAUGAAGACAGCACUAAAUAAAUGAUUAUACAAUUAUAUAAACAACAAGAUUAAAACAUUUUGUGUGUAAAAUUCAGAGUUUAUUUUCUCUUCUUGUUCAUCAAUCUAAAUAUCUAGAACUCGUGGCAUUUCUGCAGCACUACAGCUCUGUCCUUUGGCUCAGUUAGCGCUUCACAUCUACAAAAACAAAAACGCCACGCCGUCAUUCGUGGUUCAUUUCCUGCAGUCGGGUCGAUUCAGAGUCAAAUCAGUUUCUCACUGCAGACAAACCGAGACCGUGUCACUCAGACAUGCUCAGACCGGUUGUCUUUGGUUCACACCUGAGUGUGAUCAGUGUUUAAAGCUGCAUAAAGAACCACACCGAGGUGGAAAAAGCACCAGGGGUCCAUUUAAACGGACUGAACACUGCACGUUAAUGUUCUCCGUCCAGACUAAGAGCUCUGUUCAUGGGAAAUGGUACAGUCUGAUUGCCACAAAACGGAGGAUCAGAUUUCUAUAGAAUAGUGAGUCUGAUGCCUAAGAGCAGAGGCUGAUAUUGCACAGAGUGAUUUUAAAGAGCAGUAUUUUCCAAUUUAGUCAAUAAUCAAACUCGUAGAUGUUCUAAAGACGAGUCAGAACAUUCACUUACUGUAUUACGUUUGAGGUUGAAUCGGUAUGUUCAGUAUUUGUGUGUGUGUGUGUGUGUGUGUGUGUGUGUGUGUGUUUGUGUGUGUGUGUGUGUGUGUGUUAUGGACCCACCCCACUAGCUUUAGUACUGCAUUGUGUUCCAGCUGCUCUUGAGAUCACUCUGCAUUAUUGAUGACAGGACAGGGGGAGUACAGAUGGGUGCACUCCUGCGCUCCACUUAACCACUUCUGUGAAGCAAUUAGAGGCCCCCGAGAUCCAAAACAUUCAGUUCAAUUGACUUUUUGUUUGUAAAGAAAAAAAAAAACUUGUGGUGUAUGAAAUGCAUUUUCAGUAAUGUACAUGAUAUGUAAUAUUACCUUUAAGAAAUGUCCUUCCUUUUUGUGACUGUUUAUAUCUUACUGUCUCGUUCAUUGUUGUUCCAUGUUAAGCAUUUUUAGAUCCAAUAAUUUUAAUAAAUUUUUUAAGCUA